GUGUCGUGCGUUGGAAAGCGUUUCCUACGGAACAUCGUGCGUGUCUGGUAGUGAACGGUGAAUCACCGUGAAUCUCGUCGAGUCUCGAUUCUCACAGAGGUGAGGACACACGAGUACCAACGAAGUGCUGAACGUCGAACGUUCCUCACGUAUCUCGUGUCACUGAAGAAAUUGUCGAUUCAGUCGAAUCAGCCAUGGCCGCGAUGUCCGUGAUCGGGAUCGACUUUGGUAAUGAGAGCUGUUACGUAGCUGUCGCCCGCGCCGGCGGCAUCGAAACCAUAGCGAAUGACUAUAGUCUUCGCAGUACUCCGUCAUGUGUGGCGUUUAGUGGGAAAAACCGAAUACUCGGAGUUGCAGCUAAGAACCAAAUGGUAACCAAUGUGAAGAAUACUAUUCAUGGUUUUAAAAGAUUAUUAGGUAGAAAAUAUAAUGAUCCUCAAGUUCAAUGCGAGUUGCGAUUUCUUCCAUAUAAAAUAACUCCGCAAGCUGAUGGAAGUAUCAAUAUACACGUACAAUAUCUGGGAGAAGAGCAUGUUUUUUCACCAGAGCAAAUUACUGCUAUGCUCUUCACAAAAUUAAAAGAUAUUUCUGAAACAGCACUACAAACUGCUGUUAAUGAUUGUGUCAUAUCAGUUCCUUCAUAUUUUACUCAAGCUGAACGUCAAGCUCUACUUGACGCUGCUAAGAUUGCAGGCCUUAAUGUUCUGAGGUUAUUUAAUGAGACCACUGCUACUGCUCUUUGUUAUGGUAUUUAUAAGCAAGAUUUGCCAGCGGCAGAAGCGUCUCCUAGAAACAUUGUUUUUGUGGAUUGCGGUAAUGCCAGCUUGCAAGUGAGCGUUUGUGCCUUUCAUAAAGGCAAACUUAAGAUGUUGGCAAGUACCGCCGAUAAUCAAUUGGGUGGAAGAGAUAUCGACGUUAUUUUGACGGAACAUUUCUGUAAUGAAUUCAAAACGCGAUAUAACAUUGACGCACACACCAAUCCGCGAGCGUACUUAAGAUUAUUAGCAGAAGCGGAGAAACUGAAAAAACAAAUGUCAGCUAAUUCAACUACCCUUCCCUUAAAUAUUGAAUGUUUUAUGGACGAAAAGGAUGUACACGCCGAGAUGAAACGUAACGACAUGGAAGCACUAUGUGCUCAUCUGUUUGACCGUGUUGAGAAAACUCUUAAGCAAUGUUUGUCAGAUUCGAAAUUGAAGCUAGAGGAAAUUCAUGCAAUCGAAUUGGCGGGAGGAUCGAGUCGCGUUCCUGCUAUUAAACGUUUAGUAGAGGAAAUUUUUGGUCGACCGAUAUCGACAACACUGAAUCAAGACGAAGCAGUUGCUCGUGGUUGCGCGUUACAGUGUGCUAUGCUGAGCCCUGCCGUGCGUGUCCGUGAAUUUUCUGUUACGGAUAUACAGCCAUAUCCUUUGAAAUUGAUGUGGGAUGCAAAUCAAGGUGAAGAAGGCGAAAUGGAAGUAUUCGGGCAUAAUCAUCCUGUGCCAUUUUCAAAAAUGUUGACGUUUUAUCGUUCGAAUCCAUUUACGCUAUCAGCUAGUUAUAGUGUAACACCUUCAUGUUAUCCCCAAUCAUAUAUUGGAACAUUUACAAUAAGGAACAUAAAGGCUACGCCAGAGGGUGAAUCGGCAAAGGUCAAGGUGAAGGUAAGAGUGAAUUUGAACGGUAUUUUAACCAUUGCGUCGGCUUCGCUUAUUGAAAAACGUGAGCCAACUCAACAAGAGAAGGAAGAAGAGGAAGCUCAACAGCAGCAGCAACAACGACAGAAUAACAUGGAUGUUGACUCACAAGCGACAGAUAAAAAAGAUAAAUCUGAUCAAGAUGCACAGGCUAACGAACCACCAGCUCCAGAGGUGAGCAUGGAUAAGACACGACGGAACUCAGAUGCUGAUGAUGGUGGAAAAGGUGCUGGGGGUUCUGCCCCUUCCUACUCCUCCAGGAUUCUCUCUUGGUUCGGCUCGGGAGAUGAUAAAAACGAUGAUAAAAGUAAAAAAAAGAUUCCCAUUCGUACAAUUGAUUUACCUAUUGAAGCUAAUGUUUGCGGACUAUCUCCUCGAGAUCUCGAUGCUGCAGUAGAAAAAGAAGGUAAAAUGAUUGCUGAAGAUAAACAGGAAAAAGAACGAGUUGACGCGCGUAAUGCCUUGGAAGAAUAUGUUUAUGAUCUGCGUGCUAAAUUGUCCGAAGAGGAUCAAUUAGCUACAUUCAUUACAGAAAUAGAUAAAGAAACAUUGUGUCGUACAUUAGAUGAUACUGAAAAUUGGCUUUAUGAAGAAGGAGAAGAUUGUCAACGACAAGUUUAUUCAGAGCGAUUGACGCGUUUGAAGUCUCAGGGAGAACCAAUAAAGGAAAGGAGAUUUGAAUUUGAAGGGAGAUCUUAUGCGUUAGAAGAACUUGGAGUGGCAUUACAAUUGAUUAAGAAAAGUCUUGAUCAAAUAAAAAUCUUGAAUGGAAAGGAUGACAAGUAUUCUCAUUUAACAGAGGAAGAAGUGAAAACAGUUGAGAAAACUGUGCAAGAGAAAUGGACAUGGUUAGAGGAGAAACGUAUUCUACUUGCGAGUACACUUCGCACGCAACAACCACCAGUUACUGUAGCGCAGAUUCGAGCCGAGAAACAAGCAAUGGAUAGUGUGGUACUACCUAUUCUCAAUAAGCCUAAACCUAAAGUAGAACCACCAAAAGAAGAAAAACCAAAAGAUAAACCUGCUGAUGAACAGAAAAAUAAUCAAAAUCAAAAUGCCCAAGGUAACAAUCACAGUCAAUCCAAUCAACAACAGCAGCAACAAACAGAGGAAGAAAAAAUGGAUGUUGAGUAACGGUCGUCGCAACUUAUGUGUUUUUAUUAAUGUUAUAAAUCUAUUAUAACAUUGAAAUAGGAAGUAUUUCAUUUGGAUAAAUCAUGUCUCAAAAAGCUUGACAUGUUGUAGUCUUGCACAUACGAUUUUUUUCUGUUUCGUUGUUUAUUUUUUUUCUUCGUAACAUUUAUUAAUAUCAAAUUAAGCUAUUUAAUGACAUAUAUAUACUAUCAUCAACAUAAGCGUGUUACGCAGAAACUAAAGAGAUGAUGUAAAUUUGUGAAUUCAUGUAAUAUGUGAAAAAAAUAUUCUUUUGCUUAAAAGCAGCUCGUUGGCAUUCGUAAUAUAUAUUAUUACAAAAAUAAUUAUAAUCUGAAUAAAUUUUGGAGAAAUAAUCGCGAAUUAUUGAAGCUUCUUUAUAAAGAAGAAAAUUGUUUUUCUUUUUUAAGUUUUUAAUACGCUUCUAAGUGCACAUAAUUGAACUAUACAAAAUAAAUAUUUCAAAAGGAUUUUGAAAACUAUUGCCAGUAGAAAAAAUUGUGACUUUUAAUGUAUAGAGCGAGUGCUGCAAUUUUGUACAAAUUAAUGUAAACAACAAGUAAUUUUUU